AGGGAGUCGUACACAGAGCCUUCUUUUAUCGUCACUUCCCCUCACGCUCCCUACCCUAAGAAUUAUACAUACAACAAUAUACAUGUAUCUAUAGCCUGUAUGUAUUCACGAACCAUAUAUCAAUCCAGUGCUUAAGCAUGUACGGUUUAUUUGUGUACAAUCUUGAUUAAGCGCGAACACGCGUAGUCUGCCAUACACAUAUAAAUCACAGUGGUGGCAGCGCAGCUCGUCGCAGCCGCUGCUGCUUCUGUUCUGUCAAUUGCAGGUCUCUUAUGUAUUUUUGUGUUUGUAUUUAUAUUGUCACUAAUUUUAGGAUUGUGCAAUUAUUUAGCAAAAGUAUUGAAUAAUCUAUGUUUAUUGUGAUAAAUACUAAAGAAACGAGGAGUAAACUUUGAUUUGAUGUUGUAAGAGGAAAAGGGGCCUCGUAAUGCUAAGAAACAAAAGGUUAUCUUUCUCUCUCUUUUUUCAUAGACAGACAGUCUUUUCUGACUACCUCUCUCUCUCUAUUUAUAUAUAUAAUAAUGGACCAUAAAUUUAUCAAACAGAGCUGAUAAUUUUUUCUCAAAUUGCUGGGUUUACUGUUUAUUUUGGUCUUAGGGCUUGAAUAUGGUUUUUGGAUUAAUCGAUUUGAAUACUGUGAACACCGACGACGAGACGUCGUCGUUCGAUUCACCUUCGUCUUCGUCCGGGAAUUUGGAAUUGCCUGCGUCGGCUGUCUGUAUGGAGCUGUGGCACGCGUGUGCAGGUCCGUUGAUUUCGCUGCCCAGAAAAGGGAGUGCAGUCGUAUACUUUCCUCAGGGGCACUUGGAGCGUAUCUCCGAUCACACUGCCUUAGCUUCUGAUCUUCCUCCACACGUUUUCUGCCGGGUUGUUGAUGUUAAACUCCAUGCGGAGGAGGCUAAUGAUGAGGUUUAUGCACAAGUUUCUUUGGUUCCAGAUAAUGAGAUUGAGCAGAAAUGGAAGGAAGGGGAAAUUGAAGCAGAGGGGGAAGAAGAAGACACUGUAGGUGCUGAGAAGUCUAUAACGCCCCAUAUGUUCUGUAAAACUCUCACUGCUUCUGAUACUAGCAGUCAUGGUGGUUUCUCUGUUCCUCGUCGGGCUGCAGAGGAUUGCUUCCCUUCCCUGGACUAUGAACAACAGAGGCCUUCACAGGAGCUAGUAGCUAAGGACUUGCAUGGGACUCUUUGGAAAUUUCGACAUAUUUAUAGAGGGCAGCCUCGCAGGCAUUUGCUUACUACUGGUUGGAGUGCAUUUGUAAAUAAGAAGAAGCUUGUGUCUGGAGAUGCUGUGCUUUUUUUGAGGGUUGCUGAUGGAGAACUCAGACUAGGAAUCCGAAGAGCUGCUCAAGUUAAAAUUGGCACUGCUUUCCCAGCUCCAUAUUGUCAACAGUUUACUUCUAGUAGCAUGGCUUCUGUAGCACAUGCUAUAUCUACCCGAAGGGUGUUUAAUAUUUGUUACAAUCCAAGGGCCAGUUCAUCAGAGAUCAUUGUACCUUACCAUAAAUUUUUAAAGAGUCUUGCACAUUCCUUUUCUGCUGGAAUGAGAUUCAAAAUGCACUUCGAAGCUGAAGAUGCAACAGAGAGAAGCAGGUGCAGUGGACUCGUUAUUGGUGUCAGUGACUUGGAUCCUGUUAGAUGGCCAGGUUCAAAAUGGAGGUGCUUAGUGGUGAGGUGGGAUGAUAUGGAAGGUAAUAGGCAUACUAGGGUUUCACCUUGGGAGAUUGAACCAUCUGGUUCGGCAUCUGGACCCAGCAGCUUUUUGGUACCAGGUACAAAGAGAACUAGGGGCAGCUUGCCAACAACAAAACCUGAUUUUCCAAUUCCCAGAGAUGGGAAUGAACCUUCGGAUUUUGGGGAACCUUCAAGGUUCCAGGUCUUGCAAGGUCAAGAAAUUUUUUGUUUUAGUACUCCGCAUGGUGGUCAAUCUCAAAGUCAAUGUCUAUCAAAAAUGAGGUGCUUUCCUGGUUUUAGAACUUCAAUGAUUUCUGGAGUAGCCAGCAACAUCAGGCAUCUUCAGGAAGACUCAGGGACCCCCUCUGCGGGCACAGGCUUUGUUGAAUCGUCUCGAUUCUGUAAGGUCUUGCAAGGUCAAGAAACUUCCUCAAGCCUGCCAUAUGGAAGAGGCCCAGCUGCCAACCAAUUCCAGGAAAAUAGUGGCAGUGUUCGGUUGCCAAAUUAUGGAAGUCAUUGGUCUGCUCAAGGUCAGGGAUAUACUCAAAUGCGCCAUUCUGCACAGUUGGUACAGGAGUCUUCGCCUUCUUCUGUGCUGUUAUUUCAGCAGCCCAACUCUCCACCAUGUAACUUGCAAGCUUUGCAUUUGCAUCAGAAGAAGCGUGAAACGAGCAGUAGGGAUUCGGUUGACUUUGAAAGAUACGCUAGGGAACCAUUUCAGAGUGGCUCUGCACUGGAAGAUGUGCUAAGAAAUGGAUCUUCGGGUCAAUCAGAAGAGUAUAACCAAAUUGAAUCUUCAUAUCCAAGAGGCAGUCAAAAUUUGGUUUCCAUGUGUAAAAAGGGCUGCAUGCUCUUCGGUUUUUCCUUGAUUGAUGGAAAACACGGUGCAAGUAAGGAGGACAAUUUAACUGAAUCGACAACUUCAUAUAACCAUGGAACUAAAUUUCUCGCGUGCAAUGAAGAGCAGGUUCAUCCAAGUCCUCCAGUGCCAAUCAAGGUAAUGAGUAGCAGUUGUACGAAAGCAAGGGACAUGCAUGCUGUAAGAGAUGUGCUUCUGACAUAGCAUUAUUAGUGUGGCAUAGAUGAUGGAUGGUUUUGCUGUAAACAGCACAAUUGGUUCCUCUGUAUCAUCAAUUGUUCCAUUUGUGAUCGAACUUUACAUUGACAGUAGCUUUCCCAAGGUUAAAGCGAAUGAAGACUCGUUGAAUUGACCUGGGAGAUGUUUUGAUGCUUGUUGAAGAUGUUUUACGGCUUCAAUCUUGUUUCUUAAGUUUUACCAGUAAUCAAAUGGUAUUAGUUUGGAGCUUUCGACAUCAUGUGAUGUUGUACUAAUGGCAUUCUUAGUUGUGCAUUCUCUCGGCCUGAGUCCUACCGGAUGAGAGAAAUGACAUAUGUAUAUCACUUUUUAUCUUUCCGGAGUGUAAAAUAUUGUAGUGCUUGAAUGUGUUACUCUAAUGUGUGUUAAGAGGUGGAAUCAAAUUGUUUCUGCUUGAUGGGACCUUGAUUAAAUAUAUUAAGUCCUUGUUUGAGCCA